CAGAAUUUGUACCAAAACAGGUUCCUGGGCCUGGCUGCCAUGGCUUCUCCGUCGCGGAACUCUCAGAACAGGCGGCGGUGUAAAGAGCCUCUCAGAUACAGCUAUAAUCCUGACCAAUUCCAUAAUAUGGAUAUUAGGAACAAUCCUCAUGAAGGAGUUACCAUGCCACGAUCCACUAGUGACACAGAUUUGGUCACUUCAGACAGCCGGUCCACUCUAAUGGUCAGCAGUUCCUACUACGCAAUUGGACACUCACAGGAUUUAGUAAUUUACUGGGACAUAAAGGAAGAAGUCGAUGCUGGUGACUGGAUUGGAAUGUAUUUAAUUGAUGAGGUCCUAUCAGAAAAUUUUUUGGACUACAAGAAUCGAGGGGUUAACGGGGCUCACAGAGGUCAGAUUGUAUGGAAAAUUGAUGCCAGCUCAUACUUUGUGGAGCCUGAAACGAAGAUCUGUUUUAAGUAUUACCACGGCGUAAGUGGAGCGCUGCGCGCAACAACUCCAAGUAUCACUGUGAAAAACCCAUCUGCGCCAGUAUUCAAAAACAUCAACCAUGAAGAAACAGCACAGGGGCAAGGAAGCCGCAGACUCAUCAGUUUUACCCUGUCAGACUUUCAAGCACUUGGUUUAAAGAAAGGGAUGUUUUUUAAUCCGGAUCCAUACCUGAAAAUCUCCAUACAGCCUGGAAAACACAGUAUCUUCCCAGCUCUACCACACCACGGACAGGAGAAGAGAUCAAAGAUUAUAUGCAACACCGUCAAUCCUGUCUGGAAAAGAGAGCACUUUAGUUUUGUUUCUCUUCCAACUGACGUCCUUGAAAUUGAAGUAAAGGAUAAGUUUGCAAAAAGCCGGCCAAUCAUCAAACGUUUUUUAGGAAAAUUGUCCAUGCCAGUACAGCGGCUCUUGGAAAGACACGCGAUUGGAGAUCGAGUUGUUAGCUACACCUUGGGUCGCAGGCUUCCUACAGAUCAUGUAAGCGGCCAGCUGCAGUUCAGAUUUGAGAUAACAUCAUCCAUACACCCAGAUGAUGAAGAGGUCUCUAUUUCUUCAGAUGUAGUUGAAGUUGCACCAGCUACAGUUCUGCCUAACAACAUGACUGAGCAAACAUCUACUGAACACCAGAGAAGAACUUCAGUUGCUACUGAAAACCCCAGUGCUGAAUUGCCAAAUGGAUGCAUUUCAAGAGGUGUUAUUGACAAGUGCUCUUCUGCAGUUAACAGUAGAUCAGUUAGUCAAUAUUGCCUACAUAAGAACACAACUGAAAGCACAAAAACUGAUUCACCUCCAACAGAUGCAACAAAACAUAUGGAAUCAAACCCAACUGAUUUGACUUUAUCUGUGACUGUCACCAAUUCUGAUCAAGAACAUUCAGCUACUAUUAAUGACACUGGACCCAAAGAGGAAACUAUUGAAGAAACUAUUGAAGACCCUAGUACCAACACCCAAGUAGAAGAUUCGGAAAUGUUAAAUACAGAAGAAGUAAGUGUGUUCAUGGAAUUAGGCAAAGAGGAAGAGAACAGUCCAGAAAAUUCGGGAGGAAUGUGCCAACAACAAGACAUUGAACCUAAACUUAGGACAACAAUGAAGAGAAAAACCAGGCCUUGCUCUCUGCCAGUGUCUGAGUUGGAGAAUGUAAUAGCCUCAGCUUGUGGAGAACCUGAAACACCUCGGACACAUUAUAUAAGGAUUCAUAACUUGCUUCACAGUCUGCCUUCUGCUCAAAUGAUAGGGGAUGGAGAUGAAGAGGAGCAGAACAGUGUGGAUGUUGAUGAAGAGUCUACAGUCAAGGAAAUGUCAGAAAAGGAUAUUGUUAGUGAUACAGAAACUGUAGCGGCAGAUCCACCAUUGGAAAUGGUAGUUGAUGAAAAUGAUGACCUUGAGGACACCAGGAGUACGUUACCCUGUGAUAAUGCUAAUGACCUUCUCCCUGUUUGUAAUCAUCUCUGUAUGGAUGGAGAACAUCCUAGGACUGAAAGUGAAAGUGACUCAAGUCCAAGAAUGCAUGGAGAUCAUGACUGUGAUACUUGUGACACCUCAUGCUAUAGCACCUCCUGUUAUAGCACCUCUUGCUAUAGUACAUCAUGUUACAGCCCUUCUUGUUACGAUAGCCACAACCGCUUCUCCAGUCACACACGUUUCUCCUCAGUGGACAGUGCAAGGAUAUCAGAAAGUACGGUCUUCUCCUCUCAAGAUGAUGAGGAGGAAGAAAACAGUGCUUUUGAGUCCAUGCCUGAUUCUAAUCAAAGUCCUGAGCCUGACAGAGAUCACGCUGAUGGCUCCAUAAAUUGGUCUGAUGAUAUCUCUGGUCAAAGUAUUAAUUCAGAAAGGACUCCUGUUGUCCUGGAAUCUCCUGUAGCAGGACCAAGCAAUAGGAGAGAAGGUGACUGUCCGCUACCCCAUAAUGCACCACCAGUUAGCCAGCUACCCUCUCUCAGGUCGGAUCACCAUCACUAUCCAACUAUUGAUGAGCCUCUUCCUCCAAACUGGGAAGCUCGUAUUGAUAGCCAUGGACGGGUAUUCUAUGUGGAUCACGUGAAUCGGACCACAACAUGGCAGCGUCCAACGACAGCGGCUACACCAGAUGGCAUAAGCAGAUCUGGAUCUAUACAGCAGAUGGAGCAACUAAACCGCAGGUAUCAGAAUAUUCAGAGAACCAUUGCUACAGAAAGGCCAGAUGAAGAAGUGAUUAGUCAAACUGAUAGAGUUCCCGGGAUUGGUGACUCUGAGACAGAUCUGACCCAGCAAAACUCAGAGUUGAGGAGAGAAGGGUCACUUACACCAAUAAAUAACCAGAAAAUUACCUUAUUACUGCAAUCUCCAGCUGUCAAGUUUAUAACGAAUCCUGAGUUUUUUACCAUAUUGCAUGCAAACUAUAGUGCCUACAGAGUGUUCACUAACAGCACUUGCUUGAAGCACAUGGUUCUGAAAAUCCGGAGGGAUGCUCGGAACUUUGAGCGAUACCAGCACAACAGGGAUUUGGUGAAUUUCAUUAAUAUGUUUGCGGACACCAGGCUUGAGCUGCCACGAGGCUGGGAAAUAAAAACAGACCAGCAAGGGAAGUCCUUCUUUGUUGACCAUAAUAGUCGAGCAACAACAUUUAUUGAUCCACGAAUACCACUUCAAAAUGGUCGCCUUCCAAAUCACCUGACCCACAGACAGCAUCUACAGCGGUUGAGAAGUUACAGUGCUGGAGAGGCAUCAGAAGUUUCCAGGAACAGAGGUGCUUCGUUAUUAGCCAGGCCAGGAAACAGUUUGGUAACAGCUAUCAGAAAUCAGCACCAAAAUGAAGCAGUACCUCUAGCAUACAAUGAUAAGAUUGUCGCCUUUCUACGUCAGCCAAACAUUUUUGAGAUGUUACAAGAACGUCAGCAGAGUUUAGCAAGAAACCACGCACUCAGGGAGAAGAUACACUAUAUACGAACAGAAGGUACUCAUGGACUGGAGAAAUUGUCAUGCGAUGCAGAUUUAGUUAUACUUUUAAGCCUUUUUGAAGAAGACAUCAUGUCAUACAUCCCCCUACAGGCUGCAUUUCACCCAGGAUACAGCUUCUCUCCACGUUGUUCACCAGGUUCCUCACCUCAGAAUUCUCCAGGCCUGCAGCGGGCUAGCGCCAGAGCCCCUUCUCCUUACAGAAGAGACUUUGAAGCCAAGUUAAGAAAUUUUUACAGAAAACUUGAAGCCAAAGGGUAUGGGCAAGGCCCAGGUAAAAUUAAGCUUAUCAUACGUCGAGACCAUCUCUUGGAAGGCACAUUUAAUCAAGUGAUGGCCUAUUCACGCAAAGAACUCCAAAGAAAUAAGCUAUAUAUCACGUUUGUUGGAGAGGAGGGCUUGGACUACAGUGGUCCUUCAAGAGAAUUUUUCUUCCUUCUCUCACAAGAGCUCUUCAAUCCCUAUUAUGGGCUGUUUGAGUAUUCAGCGAAUGACACCUACACUGUACAAAUCAGCCCCAUGUCUGCAUUUGUCGAAAACCAUCUAGAAUGGUUCCGAUUUAGUGGACGUAUCCUUGGCCUUGCCCUUAUUCAUCAAUACUUAUUGGAUGCCUUUUUUACAAGACCGUUCUACAAGGCGCUUCUCAGGCUUCCUUGUGAUCUCAGUGACCUUGAAUACUUAGAUGAAGAGUUCCACCAGAGUUUACAAUGGAUGAAAGACAAUGAUAUCACUGAUAUAUUGGACUUGACAUUCACAGUCAAUGAGGAGGUGUUUGGACAGGUCACAGAACGAGAGCUGAAGUCCGGAGGUGCAAACAUACAAGUUACAGAAAAAAAUAAGAAGGAAUAUAUUGAGAAAAUGGUAAAAUGGAGAGUUGAACGGGGUGUAGUGCAACAGACUGAGGCCCUCGUUCGGGGAUUUUACGAGGUUGUAGACUCAAGACUUGUAUCAGUGUUUGAUGCAAGGGAACUGGAGUUGGUAAUUGCAGGAACUGCAGAAAUAGAUCUUAAUGACUGGCGCAAUAACACAGAAUACCGGGGAGGUUACCAUGAUGGGCACAUUGUCAUCCGGUGGUUCUGGGCAGCAGUGGAAAGGUUUAACAACGAGCAGGAGGUUACGACUCUUGCAGUUUGUUACGGGACAUCUAGUGUGCCGUAUGAAGGAUUUGCAGCUCUUCGUGGUAGCAACGGCCUGAGGCGCUUCUGUAUAGAAAAAUGGGGGAAAAUUACAUCUCUUCCAAGGGCACAUACAUGUUUCAACCGGUUGGAUCUUCCUCCCUAUCCUUCAUAUUCAAUGUUACAUGAAAAGUUAUUAAUAGCCGUUGAGGAGACAAGCACCUUUGGACUUGAAUAAAAUAAACUUAUGGGAUUUUUCCUGA